GGCUUCUUUAUGCUGCACCCCUUGAGGCUACAACAACAGCUGGGCAUCUUUCUGCUCUGACACCAUCCAUCCAUCCAUCCAUCCAUCCAGAUGGGUGCCCGUCAGUCGCGUGGAAGUGAGGAGGAUAAUGAGUGGUGGGAGUGCGCCGAGGAGGAGGCCGAGAACGUCACGAGCGGCGGCAUCCAUGUGCGACAGAGGACCUGCCUUCACCAGCCGGUACCGGCUACGCCACAAGGUCCCCCCGUCUUCCUGUUCUUCCCACUUAGCGGAGGGCGGCCGACGGCAGUCGACGGCCAGCGAGGAGAACAACAUCAUCAGUUGCAGCAGCAGCAAGAGCAGGCCGCCCCUCCCUCACGGCCACCGCGCGUACGCAUCGUCGAAGGCAAGGCUCCCGUUCCGCAACCCCCGCACCACCUGGGCAGACGGCAGGUGUGGCGACCAGUCAACCGGCAGCCAUCGGCGGCCGCCGCACUCACGGGGCGACCUGCCAGCCAAGCUAUAGCGCCACCACCACCACCACCGCCACCACCACAGACGACCACGCGCGUCUGGCGACCCAAAUGUCCGCCGACUGCCCCUGAGGCCCCUACGCGGCUUUCACCACAGCUUCGAGCCACGGGGGCACCGACGCAAAUCUGGACUCCCGUGGCCCCCUCACGACGCGGCGGCAGGAACCCACCAGCAGGAGGCAGACGCCCAUACCAACAGGUCGAGGGCGGCAACACCACCACCACCACCACCAACACUGGGGCACCUGAGGGCCGACCACGGACCAUCCCUCAGGUCCUACAGCCGACACCACGGGCGAGGCGUUGCCAUUGGAGGAGCAGGAGCCCGCUGUGGAACCUUCACCCAUUGCCCCUGCUGCUGAGGUCGGUUUUGAUGAAGGUGUUGAUGGACGCAGCAGUAGCUCUGGUAGGUAAACAAACAAACAAACAAGGACAUGCAGAGGGAGGGGGAGAGGGAGGGUAGGGUACUGUACACGUGUGCGUGUGUCUGAGUGUGGUGUGCGUCAUUCAGGUGAUGACGAUGAUAGCCCAAAUGUCGUCGCCUUCUUGGCCCCGCCGUGCCAGGCGCGCCCUCCCCCUCCACCGCCCCCAGCCCCGCAAACACCGCUAUCUGCGCGUCAAAGUACGGCCGAUUAUCGGCAUCUAGCAGCAUCGAGCAGCCGCCGUGAUAGUCGUAGCAGCAGGCAGCCAUUUCCUCCGAUGCUGCCACCGCCCCCUCCGCCUCGCCCCUCUCCUCCCCAGGCCCCCGCACAUCCCCUCAUCUUUCGACCUGGGCGCACCGUCUCGACGUACGUCAGCGAGUGUUCGUGUGUUGCACGUGUGUGGGUGUCACUUUUUCUCCUUUCAGCGCGUCUUCGGCUGUCGGUGCCUGGGAGGGUGAGCAGGUGUUGGACCAGAUGUGCUGGCAGAUGGAGCAGAGGGAGAGGGAGACCAAGGAGAGGGAGGAGGCGCUGAUACGGCAGCUGCAAGAGGCCCAGUGGAGGUCGGUCAGCAUGGGCGGAUCGCAUGAGACACAAUCGGGGGGGCGAGAUUCAUUCUGUGUGUGUCUGUUUUGUGCAAUGCAUUGCCUUGCUUGCCCUGCAGGCUUGCUAGUGUGGCGGAUGGCGCAGAGAACAUGAAGUGCGCUGUCUGCAUGACAUUCCGCAAGAACGUUUUACUCCUACCAUGU